GUGGCCUUGGCAGCUCAGAGCUAAACCACAAAGCCACACUGGGUAGCUAGGGCCUUUCCUAGUUGGUCUUAGGACACUGGAAUAAUUUCAUCAUUGAUUUCCUGACUUCCUCCUGGCUCAGUUUGAACAAAAAAUGAAUAUCAGCUGACCAAUUCAAAUGUAUAGUAGACAUUGACUUGGGUUUUCUGAGAAAUGUGAAAUAUAUGUGACAAUCAGGAGUGUCCCCCUCAUUCAUAGAUCUAGCAUGAUAUUAAUGCAAGAUAUAUUAUAAAGAAAAAUAGUUAUUUAGAUCUACACUCUGCUUAUUUAAUCUAGAAGGGCAUCUAUUUGUGCUUAAGUUCUGAAUAUAUGUGUCAUAGGCAGUGAAUAGAAAAAAAAUUAUAAGAAUUAGUAACAUGCAACACAGUCAGCCAAAUACUUAUGAAUAGCAAUCACUAAAGAGGCAAGGAAAUUUGCAGACCGAUUUUGUAAAUGGGUACAACUCAAAUAUUUUGAAGCCUAUCUCAGCCUCUACUUUCAUACUUUGCCCAAGACCCUGCUCUUUUCUAUGAUUCAUUAUCCUUUUUUUUGUCUCCAUUUUCUGUACUUUCACAAACAUUAGCAAUCAACAUUUACCUACUGGAAAACAAAAACAAAGAACGUGAGCUCAAACUUUGUCAGUUUCAUUUUAAUAAAUGUGUACCUGUAUCAUUUGUUCUCUAAAACUAGCCAUUCUCUAAAUGUUACUGUCCAUCUUAAACCCUUCAAUAGAUCCCUCCAUCUACACAAUAAAAUGCACCUUCCUUAGGAGCAAUGCAUGCUUUUUCCAUCAACGUCUGAUCCCUUUCUCUUUUUCUGUUCACGUCUUCAUCCACUCUCUUCCUUGCACUUCAUUAUCCAGGUUCACUACUUGAUUUAGUUCUGGUUACUUGUUUCUCAUAUCCAAGACUACAAUCUUUAACUACUUUUAGCUAGAAUUCUCUUUCCUCUUCAGAUUAACUGAUUUAUCUGGCUUCAGGAUUCUGCUCAGGACUCACGGCCUCAUGGAGAUUCUAUUUUCCUCUCCCAUGAAUCAACUAAAAUUAACUAGCUAUUCUCCUUCUGUCAAUUCACCUUCUUACAGCUUUGUUAACAUAUCCCUUACAUGUUGUAACAAGUAGAUUUUUGUAUCUGUUUUCUCAUGAAGGUUUUGACCUCCUUGUGGUCAUAUGCACCUUUUAUUUAUCAUUUUAUUCUGGAUAAUUUAGGAAAUGCCUGCAAAGAUAGAUAUUUAAUAUGAAAUACACUUUCCCCUAACAAACUUUAUGUUCACCUAUUUUCAGCAUUCUGAAUGCAGGGCUAUUCCUUGGAUCUAGUCAUCAUCCAGAAAUUCUCUUCUUUCUAAUGCUGAAAUUCCCAACUGAAAAAAAUCUGUUUUUGUACUUCUCAAAAUUGGUCUCUUAUUAGGCCAGGUCUUUGCCUUUCUUGCCAUCUCUAGUCAUUCAAGCCCGCUUUUUAGUAUGCUAGCUUAACCAGUACCUCAUGGUUUGCCAUUUUUAACACAAACGCUAUUAAUCCCAACCCUACCCUAACAAUUCUCUUAACCUAUUGAUACUAAAUCUCCGCCAUCUUGCCAUCCAUCUACUUAGAUAAAAAAUCUGAUAUAUAAUCUCAUAUAAGUCAUAAUUAUUGCUUGUGGAUUUGUUAUUCAUUUUCAUUUUCACAUAAACCAAAAAUUUCUACUGUUUCAAAAUUACAUAUAUUUAACAUGUACAGCAUGAUGUUUUGAUACUUAUAUAGUGAAAUGAUUCCUGUAGCCAAGCAAAUUAAUAAGUCCAUCACCUCACAUAGGUUACCCUUUUUAUCUUGUGGUAAGAACACCUAAAAUCUACUUUCAGCAAAUUUUUAUUAUAUAAUAAAAUAUUAAUGAUUAUCAUCCUCACAGUGUACAUUACAUGUCUAAACUUAUUCAUCCUACAUAACGGCAGCUUUGUUUCCUUUGACCUACAUCUCCUUAUCUAUCUCCCACCCUGAACCCCUGAUACCCAUCAUUCUACUCUUUGUUUCUAUAUAUUCAACUUUUGAAACAAGAUUCCACAUAUAAAUAACAUUGUGUAAUAUCUGUUCUUCUGUAUCUGGCUUAGUUCACUUAAAGAUUCAACUAUGUAUAACCAUGUCCUUCAAUUUCAGUUGAGAACUCCCGCUUUCACCUCACUAGAAAAUUAAGACCAUUCAACAUCAACUUCUCUACCUUUUAUCUCAAACAUGUAUUAUAUCUGUUUAUCUUCUUCCUUUUUUGUUUUCUUAGGAAAACUGGUACAUUUUUUAUAGGUCUUAUUCUUUUCACCAUGACUCUAUGGGAACUUGUUCCAUUAAUUUACUCCAACUUCUUUGGUAUGUUUCAACUCUCUCCUUAGUGGCCUCUUUCUUGUAAGCUACAAGUCUUCCUUACCCUAAAAAUACCUUCCCGUGGUUCUGACUAUCCCUGUAUACCUAGUCACAAUCUUAUAGUUCUCCUUGUCUCCUUUUCUAAAUUUCUCAGAAGGGCAGUAUACGUAAGUUGCUUUCAAUUCCUCACAAAUUACUUACUUCUUAACAAUUUGGAGUGUAUCUCAAUCAUCUGUGUAGCAUUUCACUGUUGACUUUCAGUUUCUUCCUCUAGCAAUGCAGGGUAUCAAGGAGAAGGGACGGACUCUGUACUCUCUUCUUCUCGAUACUGUGUUUUUUUGUUUUGUUUUGUUUUGUUUUUUUCUAUGUCCUUUCACUAUACCAGUCCCUGUAAACGAAAGGAUACUUGAAUUUUGUUUUGUACAAUUUCUUUUCUCACUUGAUACUCUUUCCCUAGAGACGUUCACUUACUCCUUUGAGGGGAGAAAUUACCUUUAAAAACUAUACUCAUGAUUAUUUCUUGAGUAUCACAUUUAAUUUAAAACAUCUUCUGGACACCUUCAAAUUUAUCAUGUACGAGAUUUUACUCAGUGUUUCAUUUCUAAUUUCAGCCUGGUUUCAUAUCUUGAUUUAUAACAUGGCUAACUUUUCAGUCACUCAGGAAUAAUAUAUUAAUUCAUUUCCCCAAUUUUUCACAUUUCUCACAUUUUAAUGAGACGUUUGUCUUUCUAUUGCCUAAGAUGCCCAGGACCACUUCCCUACUUGAGAUCAUCAUAAUGUCUGUCUUAGGCUACUGUAAUAACAUCACAUAACAACUUCCUUUACUAGGUUACCUGAGUUACUGUCAUAAAGUUAUAGAAUCCAAGAAAUUUUACAAUCCAUUUUUCUUUCAAAUCUCUAAUAUAUUUGCUUCUAGUGAAUUAUGUCACAGUGCAUGUCUGACAUGCACAGUCAUCCAUGAUCUGAUGACUCUGCAAUUGUAACUUGUAUUGUAUGCUCUCUGAAUAUCCCCAAACUUGGUAUAUUGCUCUUUCAGUUCCUGUGUUUUCUUCAGCCAAAAUACCUAUCCCCAUUUAAUCAUCUCUCAAUAUUCUACUCAUUCUCUAAGGCUCAACUAGAAGAGCAGUUCCUUAAUGGCAAGCUCCCCUGCCACACUCAGCACAGAGGCCUUACUUUUCCAAUUCAGGCAUAAUUAAAUUCUACAUAUUUCCACCAAAUGCUACAUUGAUAGAUAAAUUUUAUUUUAAAAAUCAGGGGGUUAAAACAUGGGCUCUGGGACUCACAUGUGAUCAACCAGAAUCACAUGUAGUCAGACAACCUGGGUCCAAAUGAUAUCUUUGCCAUUAACAAUAUAGUUUUGAGCAAGUUACUUAAUCUUUUGGCAUCUCUGUUUUCUCAACCUAAGUAUGGAGAGGAGAGCUACCUCAAGAUGUUCUUGUGAAGAUUAUACAAGAUAACGUCUUUGCUUAGUGCUUGGCAAAGGGUUAGAACUAAGUAAAAAAUAACCAUCAUUAAUAUUAUCAUAAUUAUGCUUGACAUGAAAAGAGAUAAUCAAUAUUAAAAGGUAAAUAAAACUCUGUGAUACUUUGCAAAAUUUUUAUUACAGAUUUACUGAAGAUUUUGCCUUUACUAGCCACCCAGAUUCCUUCUUUGAGUUGUUUCAUUACAGAGGAAAGUUUAUUUAUCUUGUGUAUAAAAUAUUUGUUUUAACUAAAUAAUUUAUAUAUUUUUUCCAAAUCAAGUGGCCCUGGGAGAAAAACAGUUUGCCUCAAAUAACAGUUUGCCAUCACGGACUUGUUAUCUUGUCAGUUUUUCAUUUCAACAUAAAGCACUGACAACUGCUCAGGUUCACAUGAAACUGUGGCCUUUGUGAAGCCCUGUGUAUCUCUAGCGUUCACACACAAUUUUCCCACAACUGAAAUCUCAAGGCCCCACUAAGCCCUAAAGAGAUCUAAUUAUGUCCAUAAUAACUUGGGGACAGGGCCAGAGGGUCACUGUCCUCCAGUCAUUGUCUGUUGUUAUUGAACAGUUGCAUUUCCUGGACAGGUUUCCUUUAUCAACUUGUGAAUUGUUCCCUUGUUACAAUGAUCCCCAGAAUUUGUGGGGACAUAUAAUAGGCAGAAAUCAUUUUCUAAUCAUGUGGACUUCUUAGAAUUAAAGCUCACUGUUGAUCUUAUUUCAAACCACAAAAUUAGCAUGUCGUUAAAUAUUGUAUAUAAACAGCCACAGAAGCUGAUAGACCAUCAUCUGUCCAGCACUACCUUCACUUCUCUUCAAUCUUGGAAAAACGGACUUAGUAGCCAUGAAGGUCAUCAUUCUUUCCUGCCUGGUGGCUCUUGCUCUUGCAAGGGAGAAGGAACAAUCCAGUGCAUCCUUUGAGACUGUAGAAAAUCUUUCAAGCAGUGAGGAAUCUAUUACACAAUACAAGCAGACAGUUGAGAAGGUUAAACAUGAGGACCAGCAGCAAAGAGAGGAUGAACGCCAGGAUAAAAUCGAUCCCUCUUUCCAGCCACAGCCUCUGAUCUAUCCAUUCGUUGAGCCUAUCCCCUAUGGUUUUCUUCCACAAAACAUUCUGCCUCUUGCUCAGCCUGCUGUGGUGCUGCCUGUCCCUCAGCCUGAAAUAAUGGAAGUCCCUAAAGCUAAAGACACUAUUUACACUAAAGGCAGAGUGAUGCCCAUCCAUAAAUCUCCAAUGAUGCCCUUUUUUGAGCCUCAAAUCCCAAAACUCACUGAUCUUGAAAAUCUGCAUCUUCCUCUGCCUCUGCUCCAGCCCUUGAUGCACCAGGUCCCUCAGCCUAUUCCUCAGACUCUUGCGCUUCCCCCUCAGCCCCUGUGGUCUGUUCCUCAGCCCAAAGUCCUGCCUAUCCCCCAGCAAGUGGUGCCCUACCCUCAGAGAGCUGUGCCUGUUCAAGCCCUUCUGCUCAGCCAAGAACUUCUACUUGAUCCCACCCGCCAGAUCUACCCUGUGACUCAGCCACUUGCCCCAGUUCAUAACCCCAUUAGGGUCUAAGAGGAUUUCAAAAUUAAUUUUCCCUCCUCAUUUUUGAAUUGAUUGAGACUGGAAAUAUGAUGCCUUUUUCACCUUUGUAUCAUGUUAUCCCUAAUUAAGUAUGUUUGAAUGAGUUUAUAUGGAAAAAAACUUUAUUCCUUUAUUUAUUUUAUAUAUUAUAUGUCAUUCAUUUAAUUUGAAAUUUGACUCAUGAACUAUUUACAUUUUCCAAAUUUUAAUUCAACUAGUACCACAGAAGUUCAAUAUUCAUUCGGAAAUGCUACAAACAUAUCAAACAUAUAUAUACAAAUUGUUUCUGGAAUUGUGCUUAUUAUUAUUUCUUGAAGAAUCUAUUUCCUUUCCAGUCAUUUCAAUAAAUUAUCCUUAAGCAUA